AUGAAUUAUCUGUUUGUUUUGUUGUUGUUUUUUCAGCAAAAUGCAGAAGUUAAAUUCUCUGGUACAGCCAUGUUGUUGGACACUGCGAUGCCAUUGUCAUGGAAAGUCCAGUGUGGUGUUCAGUGAAUGCUUUAAAAGGAGUUUUAAUGAGAACUCUGCAUCCAGUUUACCAGAAUACAUGUGCCAUUCUUUGCAUCUUAACGACUCUUCUCUGUAACUGAUUUUUGCUGUUGAUUAUUUGAAACCACCAUUUUGUGCCACCCACUAGGAAUCAGUAUGUACCUGAUGGAGGUAACUGAUGAGACAAUGAGAUAAUCCCUCAGUUAAAAACAAGCAUGACAAGACCAGCAAGAAUGGAAAGAACUAAUUUUUGAUUGGCCUACACAAGUAAAUUUGUUUCAAGUUUGUUUGAGUUCCCUUGAGGGCAUGCUUUUCUGCUGUGGUUGGGAAGGGUUUCCGUCUGUAUUGCAUUCUAAAUGUGUUUGAUUAGAUAGCGACGUCCAUGUAGCAAUGCCAAAUUUCGAGGUAUCACACCAUAGUGUCGAAGAAAAUGGUGAAGGAGAAUCAGAAUUUUAUUCUGUGCCGAUGUUGGUUGUGUUCUCUCAGCUGUGAAACUUUUCAUAACAGAAUAUAGCUUUGAACCCUGAUGACUGAUUUUGUAAUUGGUAGGACAUGCAUCAAAAUUGCCCAUAUUUUUUUUUAUUCAAAAUAUAAAAAAAGCAGAAUGCCAUAAAGCACUGAAUGUGGGCAUUGUUGAAUGUGAAAAUAAAUAAAGUAGUUGUAGAGCACACUCUUGUUUUGGAAUUGGGUGCUUCUUGCCAUCGAAAUGGGAGGGGCAGUGCAAAAAGGACAUGUGUUCUUUCAAACUAAUCCAGAACAGCACGUGUGAUGUAUUGUGUAUGUGGUCCAUAACAACCUAGACCCAAGAAUCAGGGGAAUCAUCACGAAGCACCGCAGUAGAUAUGGGCAUUCUUUUCAGACAUCUUACCAUUGUGCAGCUCUUCUUAUGGGGUUUCAAAGAUGUUGCCUUUGUGGAUCUUCUCACCAUUAGUGGAGAAACUGUGCUAAAGCUUAACAGUGAACUCAGUCUCAACUGUUCAUCUGACUGUGCCAGUCCUAUUUGGGAUCUGAAUGAUGACAGUCUGGCUGAAGUUCUACCUGGUCAUCGCAGCAGUCAUCUGACAAUCAAACAUGUCACCACAGACGAUGAAAUGAAGUAUACCUGUAGAGUGAAGUGUGGUGCCAGCUCCAAAAAGGAAUCGGUCAAAGUCACAGUGUACUCUUUAGAUGAGCCAGUCCUCAUCAGUACUCCACAGACUCCUUGGUCAGGCCAGCCUUUUACGGUGACCUGUGAGCUAAGAGAUUUUUAUCCAGCCACUGUUCAGCUUCUUCUGUCUCACAAUGAUACUCCCAUGGAGGUCGUGGAUUAUGAUAAUGGCACAGUAAUGACCGCAAUGGCUUCAAAUCAACUGGAGACAACAAGCACCAAUUACAAAUGUAAUGCACUCAUGACACUGGGUGACAAGAUCAUAAGCACCUCUACUGAUAUGCUAGUUCAACCUAAAGAGUUUACAACAACAUUUGCCACAUCUACACAACAACAUAUACUUUCAUCAUCAUAUUUUAGGCCUGGGUCGACAGAGGAUGAUUUGCAGAAUCUAAUAACAAAAAUAAGAGAGACUACAGUUAAUUUCCCCUAUGUGCCUACUGAAUCAAGCACGGCAGAGGGUCAACACAAACAUCAAGUUGCAGCAGAGACUACAGCUGCUGUAUUUGCUGCAAACACAGAACAAAAUAUACUUUCAACAUCGCCAGUGACAGAUCUCCCUGCAGAGGUGCUGAUCACUCUAUCAGAGACUGAAGAGGUCCAAACCUCAAGCACUCCUGGAGGCAUUCAACCAAGCGUGGGCCUGUAUGUGUUGACCACCCUGGGUGCUGUGGCGUCCAUCGUGUCCAUGGGUACUGCGCUGUUCCUGGUCCUGUGCAGGAAAAGGAAGAGGCGACAGGAAAAGACAGAGGACCAAGAGGAAGUGGAGAUGGAGAAGGAGAAGCAACAGCUCCCAGAGAUGAGCCCCUAGUGAGGAGGUGGCACCAGGAGAACAUGGUCUCUCUGUGGCCUCACAUUAUACAGCCAGCAUUGAGGCACAGCCUUGACAUCAGCACCAUCUGUACACUUUUGCUUCUUUCUCUUGAGUUAAAAUAGCGCUAAUCUUUUAUUCUUUUACUGUUACAAUUUUAAUUCCAUUACUGGUAUGAGAGACCAGAGGACCAGUGGCAGUGGAAAGUAUUUUUUGCCAAUAAAAGUUUAUCAAUGCAGUCCAGAA